AUGGAAUCGCUCACCUGGGUUUUCCCCUCCUUGCUGCUGCUCUGCACCCACCAACACACCUGGACCAGAGCCCUGAAUGACAUUGGAGAUUAUAUUGGGUCAAACAUAGAAAUAUCUUGGCUGCCUAAUUUGGAUGACCUGAUGAAAGGAUAUGCCCGGAAUUUUAGGCCAGGAAUUGGAGGGCCUCCUGUUAAUGUGGCUUUGGCCAUCGAAGUGGCUAGCAUCGACCACAUCUCUGAAGCCAACAUGGAAUACACCAUGACGGUUUUUCUGCACCAAAGCUGGCGAGACCACCGGCUGUCGUACAACCAGACUAACGAAACGUUGGGCUUGGAUAGCCGUUUCGUGGACAAACUCUGGGUGCCGGAUACGUUUAUAGUCAACGCUAAGUCAGCCUGGUUUCAUGACGUCACAGUGGAGAAUAAGCUGAUUAGGCUGCAGCCCGAUGGAGUCAUUCUUUACAGCAUCAGGAUUACCUCUACAGUGGCCUGUGACAUGGACCUCACCAAGUAUCCAAUGGAUGAGCAGGAAUGCAUGCUAGACUUGGAAAGCUAUGGCUACUCCUCCGAGGACAUUGUCUACCACUGGUGUGAGAACCAAAAGGAAAUUCACGGCUUGGAUAAGCUGCAGCUUGCUCAGUUCACCAUUAUCAACUACAGAUUCACUACGGAACUUAUGAACUUCAAAUCGGCGGGACGGUUCCCCCGUCUGAGUCUCCAUUUCCACCUGAGGCGGAAUCGAGGGGUCUACAUCAUCCAGUCCUACGUGCCUUCCAUCCUCUUGGUGGCCAUGUCCUGGGUCUCUUUUUGGAUCAGCCAGUCAGCUGUACCUGCACGGGUCUCCCUAGGCAUAACCACAGUUCUUACCAUGACCACCCUGAUGGUGAGCGCUCGUUCUUCCCUUCCUAGGGCUUCGGCCAUAAAAGCGUUGGACGUCUACUUCUGGAUCUGUUACGUCUUCGUCUUCGCUGCACUGGUGGAGUACGCCUUUGCCCAUUUCAAUGCCGACUAUAUGAAAAAGCAGAAAGACAAACUGAAGACCAACAGGCAGGCAGAAGAGGUCAAUGUGAAAAAUGCGAUUGUUAUGUUUUCUCUUUCGAUUGCUGGAGUCAACCAGGAGCUGGCCACGUCCAGCAGGCCGCGUCGAAGGCCCCGGCACCUGUCUGGCUCGUACAGCUCAGCUGAAGUAGAAACGGGGGACACCAAGAAAGGGGGGGCACCAAAGCCCAGAAGAGGCCUAAAGUCUCUCUUCAAACCCAUCGAUGCCGACACCAUCGACAUCUAUGCCAGGGCGGUUUUCCCAGCGGCCUUUGCUGCAGUCAACGUCAUCUAUUGGGUGGCCUACACCAUGUGA